CGCGGGGUGGAGCUGGGAGCUGACGCGGCCGCCCCGCCUCCCGGACCAUAACUGGCUGCGGACUGCACGGCGCGGCGCGGCGCGGCGCAGGAGGCUCGGACCCGAGACCAGUGUUCGGACCCAUGGUCAUCGCCGAGAGCCCCGCCUGCCCGCCCGCCAUGGCCGCGCCUCGCACACUGGCGGCCGCCGCGCCCUCGUCUGGGAAGGCCAAACUGACACACCCCGGCAAGGCAAUCCUGGCAGGCGGCCUGGCGGGCGGCAUCGAAAUCUGCAUCACCUUUCCCACUGAGUACGUGAAGACGCAGCUCCAGCUGGACGAACGAGCGCACCCGCCGAGGUACCGGGGCAUAGGAGACUGUGUGCGCCAGACGGUCAGCAGCCAUGGCGUCCUGGGCUUGUAUCGAGGUCUCAGCUCCCUCCUCUACGGCUCUAUUCCCAAGGCGGCUGUCAGGUUCGGCACCUUCGAGUUCCUCAGCAACUACAUGCGGGAUUCCCAGGGUCGGCUGGAGAGCACUCGCGGACUGCUGUGCGGCCUGGGCGCCGGCGUGGCCGAGGCAGUGGUGGUUGUGUGUCCCAUGGAGACCAUCAAGGUGAAGUUCAUUCAUGACCAGACUUCCCCUAACCCCAAGUACAGAGGGUUUUUCCAUGGGGUCAGGGAGAUUGUUCGAGAACAAGGUCUGAAGGGGACAUACCAAGGCCUCACAGCUACUGUGCUGAAGCAGGGAUCCAACCAAGCUAUCCGAUUCUAUGUAAUGACCUCCCUGCGCAACUGGUACCAGGGAGAUAACCCCCAGAAGCCCAUGAACCCACUGAUCACUGGAGUGUUCGGAGCUAUUGCAGGUGCAGCCAGUGUCUUCGGGAACACCCCUCUGGACGUGAUCAAGACUCGGAUGCAGGGCCUGGAGGCACACAAAUACCGUAAUACAUUGGACUGUGGCUUACAGAUUCUGAGGAAUGAAGGGCUCAAGGCAUUCUACAAGGGUACUAUUCCCCGCCUGGGCCGGGUCUGCCUGGAUGUCGCCAUUGUGUUCAUCAUCUACGAUGAAGUGGUAAAGCUGCUCAACAAAGUAUGGAAGACAGACUGAACCCGGAGGGCUUGCAUAGGCCUCCGUCCUCUUCUCACAAUUCCAGUGCAGUUGUGCCAAAAGGCUCUCUAAUCCUAGCCCUUGCACUUGUGGCCUGGGCAUGCCCCUAUAGCCUCUGAGUCCAUGUGUCCUAUAGUGCUGUGUCCUGUGGUCUGUAUGUCACCACCGUUGUGUCCAUGUGUUAACUGAGGCUAGGCUAGGUAUCUCCUCUGACCUAUGAAUCUGUGGCCACUUGUCCAUGUGCUUAUUCAUGAGCUGUGUGCCUGUGUUUCAUGUUGUGUGUUCAUAUGACCCUGUGGCCUGGGUCUACGGCCCUAUAGUCAUAGCCCGGUCCCAGCCCGGUGCCUUCCACCCUUGUCAGCAGGGCUCCCUGCCCCAGCCUACCACAGCUGCCUCUGGGCCUCAGCCUGGCCUCACUGCAUUCCAGGGGCCACGUGCCCCCUGCUUCUCCUGCCACUGGCCUUAACUGGCCCUCGGGCCCUCCCUCCACCUAGGACAGGGUGGCAUUUGCCACUCUCAGGACCACCCUCCCAAGGCAGAAUAAACCAGAUCCUGUCACA